AUGGGAGCAACAAUCUCCAGCCACACUCAUGGAACAUCUGUCAGUGAAUAUGGCAAAGGAAAAUUGGAGUUCACACCUCAGAAUGAAGCAUUACUAAAUGAAAUAGUAAAACAUGUGGAGGGGCUUGUCAGUUCACACCCCAGGGAGGCAGAGACGAUUCUCAAGGAACCCUUCAAGUGGCACAGCACUCUUAAUCCUGACAGUUUUGGGGAACUCAACUUUGGUUCAAUGGGAUUUCAGAUAACGUAAUUAUGCUUUAAACUUGAUAAUAAAGUAACUCUGUAGCUGUUAAAGAUGGACAAUGUUGGGACUAGUGCUAAAUUUUUCUGUCUUUAGUUUAAUGGAGUCAGUCUGCCUUAACUAUAUUGAUUUACCUUGUACCACCUUGUCACAUGCUAUGUGCUUGGGGUACAUAUUGUAUGAGAUAAACCAAUCGUACAACUUGCCAUGCUUGCAAAUCAAACAUAUCACUGAAAUGUGCAAGUCAGUGGUAAGUUUGAUUUGCGAGCAUGAUUAAUGUCAUAGACUCAUUGUAAGCACAUCCCAUGAUGAGACAGUGUUGCACCAUGUAAAUCAGCUUUUAUAUACAGUAUGACCAGAUAACUGUAGGGACUGUCUCUAGCUUUCCUGUGUCCAUGAAAAAUGUCCAGCUUGUAGAAGUGUCCAUUAGGAGACAGUUGAUUGUUUGCUUUUGUUAAACCGCUUGAAUAGCCAUAAUUUAAAACUUAUUUAGUCUAUAUGUCAAGGACAAACUGAGGGAAAUAUUAUAUAAUUGUUAGCUCAUGGGUUAGGCAAGUAAGGGAAGUUGCCAACAUGUAGUAGCUCACGUAGACACUCAUUUAGACACUCCAUGUAAAUGUAUCUAUGGUAACUAACCCACAGUAUACAUGUACAUAGAAAUGUAUCCAAGAAUUCAUGUGUUUCUUUUUUUACACAUUUAAAGUCAUAGUGAUGUGAAAUCUGAGGCAAAAACACCAGGUGGAGAGCAUUUAUUGUCUAUGGACAAGGUAAAUAAGGUCAUAAUAUUUUGUCAUCCCUUAUUGAUGGUGUUUUGUUUUUAUAAAAGAUAAUAGUGAGGGAACAUAGGAUCCAAACCUUCCACAUCCUGUACCUUGCAUUUCCGGGUCUGCCCCCUUUAUCUCAGCUUCCUCUCUUUAGCCCUUUUCCAACUACAAAAUGUUAAGGGCUAUUACCUAUAAAUAUCCACCUUUUUCCACUGCCUAACCUUUUAGAACUCCUAUCUCCCUCCCUUUCCUCUCUUUAAUACCUCCCACACCCCUCCCCCAGCUCUCUCAGGCUUCCGACUAUCCUCCCCUACAUGAUGUUAUGACACCAUAUCCUUGCAGUUCAACAGCUCAGUUGUAGUACUAGCUAACUCUCGGACUAUACAUCUCCAGAUUGAAGUGAGCAUCACUUCCUUGCUUGUUUUAGAGCUCACUUGACAGUCAGUACAUAGAGUACAGUCAAACACUGUUAUUACAGAUACUGAGGGGGCCAUUGAAAUUGUCCAUAUUAACCCUUUAAGUCCAAAAUUAUAGUGACCAACAUUAAUUUUCUCCUAACAAUAUCCAUACAUUGUCAAGAGAUUAGGUUAUAAGAAUUAAUAAAAUGAUCACCUAAGAGAAAAUGCUUUGAUCUUUUAUCAGAUUCUCUCAACUCAUUCUUUAAGGAAAUAUACAGAGAUCAGUUUGGAGAAUUUGUAUGUGGAUAUUGGGACUUAAAAGGGUUAAGCAGGUUGAAUUUAGAGAAAAAGUAAGAGCUUGCUUUCCCCAGGGAAAAAGCAAACUGUCAGUAAUAAUGAUGUGUCCGUAUUAAGUAGGCACGUCUGUAAGCAGGGUUUGGCUGUAAGAAUAUUUCAAAAUACAAGAAAGACUUAAACAAUAAUAUUAGCCAAAAAAAAUGGUCAAAGUAAAUAUAUACUUACUGUACAAAAGUCUGAUGAUUGAUGAUAUAUAUAUAGUUGUGUACAAAUUUCUAUUUGUUUUGAUCUUUAGGAUGGUGAACAAUAUGUCCUAAAAGUCUGGACAUUUGAGCAAAUUGGAAAUGUGCUCAAAGUUGCUGGAGAGAGAAAAUGCCGUGAAGCUCAAGCUUGCUUAGAAGGUAAUAUUUUUAUUUUACAAGAUCAUGGACAGGCCAGUUAAGGUAAAAUACGGUACACUGUCUCAAGUGCUUUUGCAACUCAGGUUGUAACUGAGGGUGACAUUGGUUCACCUUGUGCUUAUAAAUUUAUUUCUUAGUUAUUUGCCUUUUACAGAAAACCAAGACCCAAUGGUUAAUGUGAUGGGUGCAGCAUAUGCGUCUGUCAAUAGCAGUGACAGGCCCCUGUUAAAGGCGCAUGCUGAUCUUAGUAAAGCGCGAGAAGACUCGUCAGAGAAUGUUGAUGAACAGGAGGCAAGGUUUACACUCUCUCUUCUCAUUAGCGAAAUGGAUAAACAGCUGCUAAUGACAUCACACAAUACUAUUGCCAAGUAAGUUCUCAAGUGUACUGCCUCAUUAACAGAGCAAAUGACUGAUUUAUGUCCUUAUAAAUGACAAACAUCCAAAUCGUUGGGUAAUGUAAUGCUAAUGCUCUGUCAUACUAUAACAGAGCAAUUUAACCCUUAAAGCCCUAAGAGUGAUCAGUAUCAAAUUUCUCCUUGUAAUAUCAUUGCUUUGUAAAACAGAGUGGUCGUGAGAAUUACGGACAUGACCACACAAGAUGAAUAUGCUUGAUAUUUUAUCAACUUCUCCCCACUACUAUUGUAGGAAACAAAUAGGGGCAACAAAUGAGAAUUCAAAUUUUGAUCUUAGAGUUUAAAGGGUUAAUACUGGAAAUGAAAGGAGGAUUUAGCAAAAUAUAAGGAUGUAGAGAUCUGUUUAGAUAUCUCUAAGCUGCUUGCACCUUAAUUCCUGUGAUCUGAAAAGAAGUGUUUUGUAAGUUUGUACGCAUUUCAGUAUGACUAAUUUCUGAAAAAAUUAUUUUUUGCAGGGAAGUCAGGUUGAACCCUAGUACUGUGCAGGUAAUAAAUUCAAUUUGCCUGUAACCUCUACCCUGCGAGCAAGUUCUCCAAGGUGCUCUAGGGCGGGAAAAGGAAGGAGAGCCUGUAACGACUUAUCUGGAAUUUGAAUAUCUGUAUCAAAAAAGUUGAUGCAAAAUGCUGAAUGACAUCAUUACCCUUUGCAUGUGUUUUUCAAUGUUUGUUUAUAUUCGUGCUCAUUUCUGCUCUGCCCUGAUUGGUGGAAAUCUGACAGCUCAGUUGACAGGGAGCCACAGGGGGAUUGGAGGUGGAAUUCAAAUUCCAGAGAAGAGACAAAGUUGCAAGCUCUCCUUCCUUUUCCCGCCCUGUGGCCAGAGCACCCCCGAGACCUUACUUGCAGGCUAUUUAACCUCAUGUAUCAAGAACAGAUAUUAACACAUCAUUUCUCCAUGUUACGUUAUUUUAUGAGAUAGAUGUCCAUAAAGGAUGUAGGAUCUCACUUCCCCCCACUAAUUCAGAGGGAUCACUAGGUUGAAAUCAGUCAGCAAGACACCAUUUGUUCAGUUGAGGGCAAGGCCAGCUGAGACCUUGUUAUUUUAAAAAAUCAUCCUGAAUACUGAACUAGGAAGUGAAAUGCCAUAAUGAGAGCAUUACGGACACUGAAUCAUGUCUGUCUCAUUACCUACAGGCUGAGUAUGAACUCCUGAAAACAUUUGCUGGUGAAGAAGGAAAAUGUCUGGAAUACAUUGAGUGGACACUUGGUUAGUACAUGGCUCUCAUCAAGUAUGAAUUUGUUGAAGCUUCACAAGCCACGUUGAUAGUUUUUUAUGGUUUAAUUUGUGAUAUCAUGCUACACCAUGUUGUUGUCACCUGUUUGGAAGACAAAAAGGAAAAGAAAUUAAAAGAAAUUAAUUGACUUUUGGUCGUUAAUUCUUUUACGAUUUGAAACUAACAAGGAGAUUGAGAUAAUUUUGCAAGACAGUGAUGUAAACGCACCCAUAAAAAGAAAAAAUGGUUAAGUGAUAUGGCAAGUGUUUGUGUAGAUUAAAAAUUUAUUAAUCAAAUAGACAAGAUAACAUUGGAAAGUUAUGUACAUUGUGAAAAGCUGAUAAACAAGGCCAUUCCUAGAUCACCAGUUCAGUAAUGGAUGCCACGCCCCGCCCUGGCAGCAGGUCCAUGGUGAUAUCAGUUACUUGGAUGUGAAGCCAUUCGACGGUGACAAGUUGACUAUCACUGCAAACACAGCAGGAUACUAUCUGAACAAGGGAUUGACCCAAGAGGGGCAGGUUAACCAUGAGAGAGAGGGAGACAUCUACCCUACUCUUGUUGCACUUCUUAAGGCCAAGAGUCCACAGUUUGCCGCUGCUAUUGAAAAGAAGGUAAAUCAAGUUAAAAAUUUGUAUUUUGUGUGUUUCUCUAUUUUGUGAAAUGAAACUUAGCUGAUGGUGUUACCUACCUCCUGGUAGGAGUUUGCAUAUUAUGGUUCAACAGAAGUUAAACAGGACAAAACUGAGAAGAUUGACGAGACUUUGAAGGAAGAGGAGGAUAAUGGAUCAGCAGGAGAAGAAGCAGCUGAUGGAAUAGAGGCUAAAAAUCAUCAAAAGUGAGCUUAAAAUUUACCUUCAUUAUUCCAAUUUGCCAUACAAGAGCCUUUCAUAGCACUGUGCAGGACACAGGUCACAUAUGAACCUUGUAUUAUACAUGUGUAUACCUUGUUCCAAAAUGGUGGUAAAAUUAACUUUUUUUGUGUUAAUGUUGAUUAGCACUCUUUGCCUCAAUUGUAAGAUGUGCAGAAUUCAAACAAAUUUGAACCUUAAAAUGAAGCAUUAAGGACAAGCUAUUGAGAAGGCAAAAGAAUAUGACUUAAUUUCUACCAUUUUGGAAUUAGGUGUAUGGUCUAGCAUGCCAAAUACUCCCAAUUAGUCAUGAGUAACUAGAUUACUUAAGCCGUAUCUAGCAUGUCAUGGGCGCAACUCCCUUUAAACCUUAUCAUGACAAGGUGAUGCACAUUACAGUACAUAUAUUUUUCUCUAAAGUGAGCAGCUUUACUUCACGAAAUUGCUAACAGUAGACGGGGUUAAUACAGGCUCAACCUUUGCUUCUAGGAUUGUCUCCUAUUCCAGGGGAUGAGUAGCAGAGAAUACUGGGAACAAGGUUGAUACAGACCGGCUAUGAAAAUGCUCACUAGCCUAACUUUUGAAAUCUGCUUAUGAUUAUUAUUUUUUGUCUUUUCUUCAGCGCGGCUCCUAAGACUAAAACAACCAAAACGACACAAAAGAAGAAAGGAACCAAGGGAACAAAGACAUAUGAAUCAUCACCUCGCUGGAAAAAUAUCAAAAUUGAAUUUGGUGCAGAUCUAAUUGGUGACCAAGAGUAAGUAGUUUAAAUCAGGGAUUUUUUAGCCAGUCAGAAGGAAAAUACCAGCAGGGAGGUAGGGAAGCUUAAAACGUAUCAAUACACAGACUUAGAAAGGUCCCUUUCUUCAGUGACCAUUGUGACAGUGACUUCAGAUCAAGAUUGCCCUCUAAAAAUGUCCAGCUUGUUUAGUUAUGUAAUGUUGUGCUUUGUUGGUGUUAAAGAUGGAAAGCAGAUUUUUUUCAGACCAAGAAAACACAUUUGAAAUAAUGCAGUUUUGUGCAUUACUUACAGUGACUCUAGCGAAUAAAUAGUUUAAAGUUUUUAUUCUGUACCUGCACCUAUCACUCAUUUGUAAAGUCACUGCACAGAAAACUUACAGUGGUUCUAGGGAAGUCACGAGCUUUUAUUUUCAUUUCACAGUAUUAUAAGUAUUGGUUGGUAACUGUAAUUCUCUAUAUGUGCAGGAAAAAAGACAAAGACAAGCAGAAGGGCAAAAGCACCCCUGACAAGAAGCCACCAUCUAGACACGCAAAGAGCAGGUAAGAACCUUUGUUCAGACAUUCUUAAAUAUCUAUUUACUCUUUUACUCCACAGAGUCAAUUGUCAUUGAUUUUUAUCCUUGGCUUAAUUAAUUUAUUUUUUGUCUCAAACUCAUUAUCAAUAACUAGUAUACCAAAAACAAAGAAAAGUAAGUUAAGACAGAAAUAGAUUUGAACCACAAUGGAGACAAGAAAGGUAGUUCUUACCUUUGAUAACAUCCAAUUACAUGUCCAUUUAAAUGAAACGUCUUUGGCAAUGGCAUCUUUGAGAUAGGUUUUGCGAUGUUUGUUGCGUUUUGUAUUUUUGACAUAUUUUGUAACAAUGUAGUGAUGGUUGUAAACACUUUUGCUUGGAUAACUUUUCAACAUGUGGCAUGCAUCAAAUGGAAUGGUGGAUUUUAACAAGGGUGAAAAACAAGGAGGAGGUGGAUAGCGAGGGAAAUAUUGCUCUCCCUUUUUUGUGUGUGUGUUUUUCUUCCCCUCCCCUCCCCUUUUUGCACCUGCCACACGGGCUGAUUUGAAUAAGGUUUAGUUUGCAGCUGUUAGAGUCAUUAAUUCUUUAAGCCCCAAGAUCCACAUACAAAUUCUCCAGACUGAUCUCUAUACAUUUCUUUUAAGAAUAGUUGAGAGAAUUUGGUUUAAGAUCAAACAUUCUCCCUUUGGUUAUCACUUUAGUAAUUCUCACAACCUUUACUCUUGAUGAUCUGCUGAUGUUGUUAGGAGAAAAUUGAUGUUGGUCACUCUUGGGACCUAAAGGGUUAAUUUUGUUACUGAUUUGUUUCUUCAGAGAGGCAGGAAAGGCUGGUAGAGUGUCAGUACGUUCUCAGGCAAAAGGUGAUAUGGAGGAAGACUUUUCUGAAAGUUCUUCAGAAAGUGAGGAGGAGGAAGAGAACCAAGACAGACGACAAGAGUCUAAUGCUGAUCUGCCAUCUGAAUACUGGCAAAUUCAAAAGCUUGUCAAGUACUUAAAGGUAAAUAGCUGUUCAAAGAAAUUAAUGUCCAGUAGCCACCUCCAGUUAGAUGAGUUAUUAAAUUUUUUAAACAAGUGAAAGUGUAUGUUAGUUAUGGCCCAUAUCCAGGGAAUUGUGAUCAAAAUCUAUCAACUUGAAAAGUCUUGCACACUCACACAGGGUUGCCAAAGUAUGUGCAAUGGGUUAAUUGUGCACAGGACACUUGAUUCCAUCCACUAUCUACUGUCAAUUACUUGUAGCCUGCAGUCAACCGCAUCAUGCAAGUGAAGACAGUGUCUAGCCAUAACGACCUACUUCACUGGAUCAGGCAUAACAUUGUUGAUCAUAGCGUUUUGGGGAAGUGGAAAGUCUGAAAACCUACUAUAAUCUAAACAAAGUAAUCUGAAACUGAUCACUUAACCCUUUAAGCCUUAAGAGUGAUCGGAAUCAAAUUUCUCCUUGUGAUAUCAAUGCUUUGUGAAACAAAGUGGUCAUGAGAAUUACGUACAUGAUCACACAAGAUGAAUUUGCUUCACAUCUUAUCAACUUCUCCCCACUACUUCUGUAGGAAAUGAAUAGGGACCACAAAUGAGAAUUCAAAUUUUGAUGCUUUUCUAUAUUUAGAGUGGCAAUCAAACCGCUACUAUAAUAGCUUUGUGCGCCAUGAGGGAUUUCAAUCUUCAACAAGAGACAUGCCAGCUGGCUAUCAGAGAUGUUGGAGGACUUGAAGUGUUGAUAAACUUGCUGGAAACAGAGGAAAUAAAGUGCAAGGUGAUUUUUACAAAAUACUUUUUUCCACUGCUUGAUGUAUCCGCUUGAAAUGAUUAGUUGUAGCAGUUUCUUUUUUUCUUGCAUUUUUACUCUUUCAUCUCUUAUCCAAAACUGCUCGAUCAACAAUUUGCAAUUUUCACUUGUAGUUGGAGCAGAUGAAAAAGAACACUGAUCGUUACUUUCCUCUUCACCUUUCAGAUUGGAGCUUUAAAGAUUUUGAAGGAGAUUUCUAGAAACUGCAUCAUAAGAAAGGCAAUUGCUGACUUAGGAGGUGAGGAGGGCCCGAGGGCAUCUUGAUCAUUUCAGGGGGAGAUAGUCUCCCAUGUAGCCGUUAUUUGCCUUGUCAUGCAACGCUUCUAUGUCAGGGAGGCGUGUAUGUCAGGGAGGCGUGUUCUGUGACAGCCCCAGUAAGGCUGUGUAAGAAACUACAGACGAGAUUGCUGUAGCCUGCGAGCAAGCUCUCCGAGGCGCUCUGGUGGCAGGGCAGGAAAAGGAAGGAGAGCUUGCAACUACGUUUCUGGAAGUUGAAUGGUUCCUUUAAUUCCCCUGUGGCUCCUUGUUGACUAAGCGGUCAGAUUUCUGCCAAUCAGCAUUUCGCAUCGACUUUUUCGAUGCAGAUAUUCAAAUAGCCUGAAAUUCAUCCGAUUGCUUCGAGUCGUUUUCUCCUCUCAACAACACGUUACUGAGGGAGUAAUAACGACUCGAAGUAAUGGGAUGAAAUUCAGGCUAAUAUUCAAAUUCCAGAGACGUAUUUGCAAGCUCUCAGCUCCUUCCUUUUGCCUCCCCGCCAUCAGGUGUUGUACAUGUACAGUGUAGCACUGUUUACCAGGUGUUUGUUUCAAUUUUUAUUCUUCCCAUAAUACCUUGCGCCAGGAUAGUCCAGUCAUUUACGGGCCCUCGCGCGAUCUGCCGAAGCACUUCCGGCGAAAGCUGACAUCGUAAUGUAACUUCAUCUUCUUCAGGUUUACAAACCAUGGUCAAGCUUCUCCAGGGAUACAAUGACGAGCUGAAGUGUCUUGCUGCAGAGACUAUUGCGAAUGUUGCUAAAUUGAGGAGAGCAAGGCGAACUGUCCGGCAGUUUGGAGGCAUACGAAAACUGGUGAGUGAGAAAGGAGAAUUUGUGAACUAGAAUGAAACGAGCACUUCAAAUUUCCUAUGGCUCGUAGCUCUUUAAGGUGCUUUUAUAGUGGGCUGCCUGUGAAAUUGCGACAUGAUAGUUUGGGUCCUGGUAUUGCCUUUGGUAAUAUCCAGUUGCGGAUCUAGGGGAGGGGCCCAGGAGGGCCGCCUCCCCCCUCCCCCCUCAUUUUUGGACGAACGCCGAGGCCUCCUUGUUGAGUUUGUGUGGGGUUACUUUAUAUUGGAGCUAAUAGGUGUAGAUGCCUUUAUCGCUAUAUCAGAUAAUUGCAUCCAGCACUUAGUCAGAUUAAAGCGCGAGAAAACACAGCAAGCAUACGGUUUGACACCUUUUGGUCGAGAGAGUUUUUUCAACCAGUAAAAAUGUUUUGCUUUUUUUUUUGUUAGGUGGCUCUCCUGGAUUGCGGAUCCCUUGCAAGUGCAUCUGCCAUGCAAGCAGACGUAGCACGCUGUGGAGCACUGGCUUUAUGGAGCUGCAGUAAAAGUACAAAAAACAAACAAGCCAUCAGGAAAGCAGAUGGUAUUCCUCUGUUGGCCAAACUGCUCAAGUCUAACAAUGAAGCAAUGCUUAUUCCAGUGGUAGGAACGCUGCAAGAAUGCGCUUCUGAGGUUCGUAUAACCCCCGCUUUCACACUGUUUCGUAUUGAAAUAGUGGUACGCUAAAAAAGAACACCUGAUAGCAGGUUAAAUCUCCAUGUACAACCACCUUUGGGGUGGAUUUCCGCUGUCACGUAAAUUUUAUGUGCGUACGCACGUAAAACUUUUACGUGCGUAAACAAAAUAGCUGCAAUUUGUAUACAAGACCGCUCGUAAACGAACCUCGCUUAACUUUUAGGUUUACGCGUAACACUGCCUCUGUUUUACCGACGCGCGUACGCAUGUAAAAAUUACGCGACAUUGGAGAUCCACUUUUAGCAAGCGAUCAUAUCCACAAUACCAAGCACUAUGGUCGGUAUUGUGGGAAAAAAACUAUCAAAUCAUAGCAUUAUAGGUUGUCGCUUUCGGUAGGUUUAAUUGUAUAUUCCUUGUUGAAAAAAUCUUAGUCAAAUGUAUGGAAUUGUAAAAGCCAGGUAAAUAUAUGCUAACUUUCGAAUUGUUGAUCAGCGUUGUAAAUACGUAAUGUGCAAACUAUAUGGAACUUUGAAAAAGUCUCUGGGGGAGUGCUUUUGGUAGUCGUGCUUUUAAAAAGUUUAAUGUAUUCAUUUCUUUUUCAGGCAAGUUACAGACUUGCUAUUCGCACCGAAGGCAUGAUCGAGGACCUCGUAAGGAACCUUAACAGUGAAAAUCAAGAACUUCAAAUGCACUGUGCUAGUGCCAUAUUCAAGGUAAAAAUACUACUGAAUGAAGAAUGAGAAUGCAUUGGAGGGCUUUUUCCACCAUACUACUGAUUUUGUCGACUGGCUCACAUUUCCGUUAUCUUCUCAACCUUUGGUCAAAAUGUGCAGUUUUCUCGAAGUUUUUAACGUAUUAUUUGUUGCACUUGUUUUCAGUGUGCUGAGGACAAUGAAACCCGCGAUCUUGUUCGGAAAUAUGGUGGCCUGGAUCCUUUGGUAUCUCUUUCAUUCAAUGUUGAAAAUAAGGAGUUACUCGCCGCAGCCACAGGCGCUAUUUGGAAGUGUUCCAUCAGCCGCGAAAAUGUAACUAGGUAAUAUAAUGCAACCAUGUCUCUUUUAAUCUGAAAGUGGAAACCGUCUUGGACAGCGUGACUGAACACCACCACAGGAAAGUACUGCACAGCAGCUUUCAUUUGAAUGGUCACAUCCAAGGAUUUCAUCCACAAACUCAAAAGUUAGAACCACCUUGUACAAGAUAAUAAACAGUACCACAGGAAAGUACAGCUCAGUAGCUUUCAUUUGAAUGGUAACACCAUAGGAUUUCAUCCACAGACUCAAACGUUUGAUCUUAAUACUCAUACGUAUUCAUUGAUGUUUGCAGAUUUCAAGAAUUGAAGGCUAUCGAGCAACUGGUAUCUUUAUUGAAUGAGCAACCGGAAGAGGUUAAUAUAACAUCAUUCUACUAACUGAGUACUGGUUCUCUUUCUUAGUGCGAUAAGGAUGACUGCGGUGGCAAAAGCGAUAAAUGACAAUUAUUAUAACGACAGUGAAAUGAUAUGUUUCGUGAGAUGUUUAGUGAUGAUGACGGUGGUAAUGAUAAAAAAGAAAACGAUGAUAUUGAUGAUGGUGACACAACUGUGGUGAAGAUGAUGAUGAUGAUGACGACGUUGGUUUGCGUAAUGAUGAUGAGGAUGACAACGAUGAUGUUGAUGAUGAUGUUAUGGUGGUGGUGGUGGUAGUGGUGGUGAUGAUGAUAUGAUGGUGGUGGUGGUGGUGGUUGUGGUGGUGGUGGUGAUGAUGGUGGUGGUGGUGGUGGUGAUAGGAGAUGGUGUGUUGAAAUAUUCAUGGUGAUGACGUUGAUGAUGAUGUUAAAGAUGAAGUUGGUGAAUAAUGAAUGUGACGCUCUGGCCUUUUACCUACACUUAAAAGUACAUUCACUUUCUUAGUGCGUUGUGGAUACUUCUUCCCUCUCGUUGAAGGCAUAAAUUUUAUCUUCCAUGCACAGGUCUUAAUUAACGUGGUGGGAGCUUUGGGGGAGUGCGCCCAAAUCCCGGCCAACAGAACUACCAUCCGCAAGGCUGGCGGCAUACCUUCACUAGUAAACCUGCUGACCAGUACGAACCAAGCUCUCUUAGUAAACGUCACCAAUGCAGUGGGGGCCUGUGCGACUGAGCCUGACAACAUGACGUGAGUUCUUGCUUUCCUUUUCUCUUUGUCUUUGUUGCUGUUUUUUUUAAAAUUAAAUUCCUUGUUUUUUUUCCUUUACAGUAUCAUUGAUCGUCUUGAUGGAGUACGUCUGUUAUGGUCUCUUCUGAAGUCGAAUAACCCCAACGUGAGUUUAAUUUUUUGUCUCAACACUUUCAUCGACUGUCAAAUUUUACAGACAAAGUUGAUGUUCAGGAGCCAGUUGCAUAGAUUUUAACGCCAGAGGUAUCUGCCAAUACCCGACUUUCAGCUCAGUCGACUCUUUAUUUAACGCCAGCUAGGUUUUAUGCAGGUAGUCCCACAAGCGUUCAUCUGACGGGUAGAUUUUCAUUCUCAGGCCUUUUUUCACUCAGGCUCAGGUUCAAAUUGUAAUUAGUUCUUAUAUACACAAGCUUUGUUUUUGCAGGUACAGUCCAGUGCAGCUUGGGCGAUUUGUCCCUGCAUUGAAAAUGCAAAGGUAAGUCGGGAUUGUGUUGGUUUUCAAGUUAGCGGAAACAAGCCGGUCUCCUUAACAGUCCUUCAAAGACGGAUCUGGAAAAUUUAGAAAGAGGGGAUGGGAGACAAGCAAAGAACUCUGAGAGCAACUGAGUCGGUAAAAGACUGAGUUUAAUGAGAAUUCUUUCCCUUAUCACACCCCUCUCUCCCAGCGUCUUUUUGAAGGUGUCGACGACUUUCUUCCUCCCCUCCCCUCCCACCCCAUUUCCCUUCCAUUCUCUGCAUCCCGAGUAACCAUCAGAAAAUGUAGAUGUGAAUUUUAAACUGACAAAACAAAUACGUACAAAUGUUUGUGCUGCGGUUGAGUUUCCAGUGCUUAUUAACUUUUUCUUGAUAUUUUUAGGACGCUGGAGAGAUGGUGCGAUCGUUUGUUGGUGGUCUGGAACUGAUUGUUAGCCUGCUAAAGUCUAGCGACAGAGAGGUAUUUACAUUUAACUGUUGACUGUUUGAAUUUGGUCAUUGUAUUUCUGUGAAUGGUUUGUUGAUACAAAGAAAUGGAUCAGUUGCUCUAAGCACCAGAAAUUUGCUAAUAGUGAGCUUAAGCAAAGAGCGAUUGAGCGAUGCACGCCAACCGGUAGUGGACCACUUACAUUCUUGGGCAAUUCUUUUGCCCAAAUUUUUGGACAGAUUUUCUCUACUAUUGGUCAAAGAUGUGCUGGUCUUUCCUUGAUAGGGGACACAUACGGGGACAUUAGGAAUAUGAUUAAGAAUAAUGUUGUUAUCUAGCUGGCAUGCUAAUCUCAGUUUUCUUUGCUGUAAAAUCCAAAACCGCUCACAGACACGACGGUAACGUUUGUAGCGCUUUCUACUUCUUUUAAAUCGCCACUAAUGUCUAGUACCUCACCAUGGAUACGACCGGUUCGAACGUUGUUGCCAUUUCCCGUAAAAAAUUGCUUUAUAUCCAUAUUUUACGUCGAUAACUCGUGACAGUAAUAACUGAUAAACCUGAGGUUGACGGUGCGCUUAUUUCACCCCCCUCUCUCCAUCGAUGCUCCGUGUUAACAACAAAAAGGUCUCACCGGGGAUCGAACUCGGGAUCUCGCGCACCGAAGACCGCGCACUAACCAACUUGAAAUACAGGUGUGUAUAAAUGAAAGUAAACGCCGGGAACCCGACAAAUCAAUCAGAUCUCGAAGCCACCAAGCGCGGAAAAAGAGUAAGAGUGAGUCACUGUUACUCCGUUACUGCUGAUUGGUUGAGAGGGUGACGCGAGUGUCAUGAGCCAAUCACAGAGCAUAGCGAUGCAAAACUAAAAUACUAAUCUGCUCUACACUGUCAACCACUGCUCGAAGGUAUAAGGUGUUAAGGUUCGUUGUAUAAGGAAAUAGUUUAUACCUCUUUAACAGGUUAGGAGUGCUUUUUAUUGUUUACUUUUAAUAACAUACGUCUUAAACUUUCGUAUUUCAGACUGAUGACCGCUUACGGCAAUAUCUAGCCGAGUCAAUUGCCAGGUUAGUGACUGGAUCAGUUUCCUUGUUGUCAUGUCUAACAAACCUUCGUAUUUAUCAGCCUGUUUUCUGUGUCUGCACAGGUGCUGUACGUGGGGUAACAAUCGAGUUGCGUUUGGACAGGCUGGCGCUGUACCGCCGUUGGUUAACUACCUUAAAUCAAAGAACCCGGAUGUACACAGAGCUACCGCGCGUGCGCUUCACCAGCUGUCACGUGAUCCUGACAACUGCAUUUCCAUGCACAACAGUGGUGUUGUUAAGGUAAAUAGAAGUCGCCUGAGGUCAUGUAGAGUUUGAAAUAGUGUGAUAAUGAAGCGGAUGUUACCUGUUAGAGCUUAUUCGCCUAUUCCAGGCGAAUAGUGGGGCCGUUCUCAGUUAGCGUUGGUAGCACUGUGAAGUUGCCAUUACUUAAUAGUUGUUUGUGUUUCUUUCACAGUAUCUUCUUGAAAUGGUUGGUUCCACUGACGAAGUCCUCCAGGAGGCUGCUGCUGGUUGCCUUGGCAACAUCAGGAGGCUGGCAUUAGCCAAUGAGAAGGCCCGCUAUCACUGAUUGACAUUUCCAAUAUUGACUAGAACAUGUACUGGCAUGUACUUCAAUCNCAACUGCAUUUCCAUGCACAACAGUGGUGUUGUUAAGGUAAAUAGAAGUCGCCUGAGGUCAUGUAGAGUUUGAAAUAGUGUGAUAAUGAAGCGGAUGUUACCUGUUAGAGCUUAUUCGCCUAUUCCAGGCGAAUAGUGGGGCCGUUCUCAGUUAGCGUUGGUAGCACUGUGAAGUUGCCAUUACUUAAUAGUUGUUUGUGUUUCUUUCACAGUAUCUUCUUGAAAUGGUUGGUUCCACUGACGAAGUCCUCCAGGAGGCUGCUGCUGGUUGCCUUGGCAACAUCAGGAGGCUGGCAUUAGCCAAUGAGAAGGCCCGCUAUCACUGAUUGACAUUUCCAAUAUUGACUAGAACAUGUACUGGCAUGUACUUCAAUCGAGAUCUUGGUAGAGGAACUUGCAUUUUUUAUAUAUAAAAAACCUAACAAAAGCGUAUGUUUUUCUUUGUUUUAUUCUGUCACAAGUCACUCGGUUUAUCUGUAAAUAGUUCAUGGAUGGUAUCUGCG